UGUCAUUCCCUUUUCCUCCAAAGAGAACACUCAUAAGCGAUCAUUGUCUCUAAUACAGAAGCCAUUAUGUCUGAAUCUGAUGUGAAAAAGGAAACAGAGACAACACAAGAUGUAGUUGAAAAAGAAGACAUCGCAGCCACAUCUUAUGUGAGUGGUCAAUACUCUGUUCCGAAUUGCAUUCAUGUCUUGAGAUUUCUUAAGGAAGAAGGUCGUUUGUAUGGAAAACGAUUUAGUUAUGCUUUAGAACUGAUUAAAGAUAGCAAAAAUAGAGUCAUUGUUAUUUCUUUAAAAGACUGUUCCAGUGAACUCGAGGAUUGGAUAGAUUACAAGCAUAAUAAGGAAAAUCCCAAUGUUUCUGUUAAGUUUUGACUUUGUUCGAAUGUUAAACUUCCUAUUGUAAUGAAUAUGGUACCCUUAUUUGCA